AUGGGGUGUUUUUGUGGUUUGUUGGGAGUAAUAUAUGUGCUUAGGAGUGUAAAUUGGUGGUACUAUGAGAGAAAGUUGGAUGAAAACGUGAAAUAUAAACUGCCACCGGGUGAUUUUGGUUGGCCUUUCAUUGGCAACAUGUGGUCCUUCCUCAGGGCUUUCAAGACCAGUAAUCCUGAAUCUUUCAUCUCCUACUUUGUCACCAGAUAUGGACAUACUGGAUUAUACAGGGUACACAUGUUUGGUAGUCCUAGCAUUAUCGUUACCACGGCCGAAGCAUGCCGGAGAGUUUUAACAGAUGAUGAAGCCUUCAAACCUGGUUGGCCUACUUCUACAGUGAAUCUCAUUGGGAAGAACUCGUUUCUCGGCAUUUCUGACGAAGAUCACAGGCGUCUUCGCAAAUUAACAGCAGCCCCCGUGAAUGGACACGAGACAUUAUCUAUGUACAUGAGCUAUAUCGAAGACAAUGUAAUAACAGCUUUGGAUAAAUGGGCAAACAUGGGACAGAUUGAAUUCUUAACCGAAAUUCGAAAGCUUACAUUCAAGAUAAUUAUCUACAUUUUCUUGAGCUCGGAGAGUGAGCCAGUAAUGGAGGCCUUGGAGAGGGAGUAUACCAACCUAAAUUAUGGCGUUCGAGCCAUGGCAAUCAAUAUUCCUGGAUUUGCUUACCACAAGGCACUUAAGGCACGUAAAAAACUUGUCUCUACUCUACAAUCCGUAGUAGACCAGCGACGGGAACAGAGGAGGAGUAAUCAACCUAUAGAUAAAAAAGACAUGAUGGAUGCUCUUAUGGAUGUUGAAGAUGAGAAUGGUAGGAGAUUAAACGAUGAUGAAAUCAUUGAUGUUUUGCUGAUGUACCUAAAUGCUGGCCAUGAAUCUUCGGGUCACAUCACUAUGUGGGCAACCCUUUUCCUACAGAAGCAUCCCGAUAUCUUCAAAAGAGCUAAGGCAGAGCAAGAGGAAAUUGUAAGGAAAAGAUCCCCUGAUCAGAAGGGACUGACCCUUAAAGAAGUAAGGCAAAUGGUAUAUCUUGAUAAGGUAAUUGACGAGACACUUCGUGUGAUUACAUUCUCACUUACGGUAUUCAGAGAGGCAAAGAAAGAUGUCAAUAUUUGUGGAUACACCAUUCCUCAGGGAUGGAAAGUUUUGGUCUGGUUUAGGAGUGUUCACUUGGACCCUGAAACAUACGUCGACCCAAUGAAGUUUGAUCCUUCGAGAUGGGAUGGAUUUACACCCAAAGCAGGAAAUUUUCUUCCUUUCGGAGGUGGAAGCAGAUUGUGCCCCGGAAAUGAUCUUGCCAAGCUCGAAAUUGCUAUUUUUCUUCACUAUUUCCUACUUAAUUACGAGCUCGAACGUUGUAAUCCUGCAUGUCCAUUGAUGUACUUACCUCAUUCCAGGCCUAAGGAUAACUGCUUAGGAAGAAUAAACCGAGUUUCUACUCCAAAUGAAUAG